AAAGAACCUAAAAUUUUCAACUUGCUGGGCAGUAUUUGAUUCUUCUUCUUCUUUUCUUCUUUUUUUUAAUCCUUCUCUACCCCCUUCUCUCUUUAUCUCACCCUCUCUCUUUCUCUCUCCCUCUUUCUUUUCUUUGCUUUUUAUAGUGGAUGAAAACACCUCUGUAAACAAGCAAUCAUAGACAUGCAGAACCAUUCUCUCACCUUUUAUCCCUCUCACUUCAAUGGUAGAGAGUCUGUGUUCCAACCAUGUUAAAAAAUAUGAAGAGAUAAAAUUAGAAGUCAUUUUCUGAAGUGUCUAGACCUUUCCCUAGAAUUAUUGGACCCCAACACUUUCCCACUCCUUAAAUCUGGCACCUUCCAUCACUCACUCUCCAAAUGUCGUUUGAUUGCCUCUGACAUUAGAGAUCCAAGAAAAGUUAAAAAGAAAUGGAAGGACAUCAGUUGGGCAGAUGGGAAGGUUAUGUAGAUUGGAGAAACAGACCGGCCUUGAGAGGCCGCCAUGGCGGUGUAUUUGCUUCUUCCUUUGUCUUAGUUGUAGAGAUAUUGGAGAACCUCGCGUACCUGGCCAACACAAGCAACCUUGUGCUCUAUCUGUCCAAGUUUAUGCAUUUCUCACCAUCUAAGUCUGCCAAUACAGUGACCAAUUUCAUGGGGACAUCCUUCCUUCUCGCUCUCCUUGGAGGAUUCUUGUCAGAUGCUUUCUUUACAACUUUCAGCAUCUACCUGAUAAGUGCAGUGAUUGAGCUUAUGGGCCUAGUGAUACUCACGCUGCAAGCUCACUUGCCAUCUCUCAGACCUGCAACAUGUAACCCGGCCGACGAUAACGUACACUGCCGAGAAGAUGUCGGUGGCGGGAAAGCAGCCUUGUUGUUUGGAGGUCUCUAUCUGGUAGCUCUAGGAGUUGGUGGAAUAAAAGGGUCACUGCCAGCACACGGAGCUGAGCAAUUCGAUGAGACCACCCCACAGGGAAGAAAGCAGAGGUCUACCUUCUUCAACUACUUUGUGUUCUGCCUCUCCUGUGGUGCACUGAUUGCGGUCACGUUGGUGGUUUGGGUCGAAGACAACAAAGGGUGGAAAUGGGGACUUGGUAUCUCCACCAUGACCAUAUUUUUGUCCAUCCCCAUCUUCCUCGCUGGAUCAACUACUUACAGGAACAAGAUACCCACCGGAAGUCCACUUACAACCAUAUCCAAGGUUGUGGUGGCAGCAAUUUGCAACAACACAUGCCUUAGUAAGAGCCCGAGUAAUGCUGUUGCAAGCAUGGCCACAAGCCCUUCCAACCCAGCCCAGAGCAGUUUGAAAGUAGAAGACGACAAGUCCAAAGAAAAGGCUGAGGUUCAAACACCAACCCAAGGCCUCAUUUUCCUUAAUAGAGCUGUCAUGAACAAGCCUGCUCACCCAGCACUAGAAUGUACUACGGUGGAAGUAGAAGAGGUCAAGAUUGUUCUGAAGAUCCUCCCCAUCUUCGCUUGCACCAUCAUGCUCAACUGUUGUCUUGCCCAGCUCUCGACUUUCUCUGUUCAACAAGCAGCAACAAUGAAUACAAAACUCAAUUCCCUGAAGAUCCCUCCAGCCUCCCUCCCUGUCUUCCCUGUUCUCUUCAUCAUGAUCCUUGCACCAGUCUACAACCAUCUCAUCAUCCCAUUUGCCAGGAAAGUGACCAAAACAGAGAUGGGGAUAUCUCAUCUGCAGCGGAUCGGUAUUGGGCUGGUUCUGUCCAUUGUCGCCAUGGCAGUAGCAGCUAUGGUGGAGAUAAAGCGGAAGAGGGUGGCUUCCGAAACUGGAUUGCUCAACUCAAACAAACCAUUACCUAUCACUUUCUUUUGGGUGGCACUGCAGUACUUGUUCCUUGGGUCGGCUGACCUUUUCACCUUGGCUGGUCUUCUCGAAUUCUUCUUCACGGAGGCACCAUCCAGUAUGAGAUCUUUGGCCACAGCCCUCUCUUGGGCCUCAUUGGCCAUGGGAUACUACCUUAGUUCAGUGCUUGUGUCAAUAGUCAACCGCAUCACAGGUGCCUACAGGCACGAACCAUGGCUCUCCGGCAGCAAUAUAAAUCAUUACCACCUUGAACGGUUUUACUGGCUCAUGUGUAUAUUAAGUGGAUUGAAUUUCUUCCACUAUCUAUUCUGGGCCAACCGAUACAAAUACAGAACCACAAGAUUCAAUCACUAAAAUGAAGCUUGGAAGUUUUGCUUUUUUUCUUUUUUUAACAGGGAAAUUUAAAUAUAUCUGAUGAUUCAUUGGUGUACAUUUCCUGCCACCGGGAGAUAAAUAGUCUGUAUUGGCUGAUUGGUUCAAAACAGUUCAUAUGUUUUUGCGUUGA